CUCGCGAGCUCGAACCAACCAACAUGGCGUCGAAUCCCAGCACAAAUCCAUCCCAUUUUGACUGUCCGUCUUGGGCAGGGAAACCACCCCCUGGUCUCCAUUUGGAUGUAGUUAAAGGAGACAAGUUAAUAGAGAAACUGAUCAUUGAUGAGAAGAAGUUCUACCUGUUUGGGAGGAACCCGGAUCACUGUGACUUCACGAUAGACCACCAGUCAUGCUCCCGCGUGCACGCAGCCCUCGUCUACCACCGGCACCUUAAGAGGGUCUUCCUCAUUGACCUCAACAGCACUCAUGGCACCUUUUUGGGCAGGAUUCGCCUGGAGCCCCACAAGCCUCAGCAGGUGCCCAUCGACUCCACUAUGUCGUUCGGGGCGUCUACGCGGGUGUACACCCUGAGGGAGAAGCCCCAAGCACAGCCCAGUGCCGCGGCGGGAGACGGCGGGGUGGAAGACGAGGAGCUGAAAGGGCUCCUGGGCCUACCGGAAGAGGAGACGGAACUAGAUAACCUGACCGAGUUCAACACGGCCCACAACAAGCGUAUUUCCACCCUCACCAUCGAGGAGGGAAAUCUGGACAUUCAGAGGCCCAAGAGGAAACGGAGGAGCUCUCGAGUGUCUUUUAGCGAGGAAGAGGAGAUAAUUAACCCAGAGGAUAUCGACCCAUCUGUAGGACGCUUCAGAAACAUGGUGCAGACGGCAGUGAUUCCACUUAAGAAGAAGAAGAUGGAGGGCCACGGCGCCUUCGGCUUGGAGGACAGCGCCGCCCGGCGCAUGCAGAACUUCCCCCCCAGCUCGGGCCUCUACGGCGACCUGCCACCCACCAGCCACGAGAUGGGUGGGGUGCAAGGGAGCGGGGCCCAGGCAGGCUCAGCCAUCCUGGGCGGGCUGCCUCUCCCCUUCCCCAACCCUGCUCCAGAUGUGGACCUCUCACCAACCACGGUGCAGCCCCCUGCCAUGUUGAACCCGGGCCCCGCCCCCGGACCCUACACGGCCGAGGCACUCAAUGAGCCACGCAAGAAAAAGUACGCCAAGGAGGCGUGGCCUGGGAAGAAGCCCACGCCCUCUCUGCUCAUCUAGCAGGGCUCGAGGGACGCUAUGGCGACACACCUACCCCAGCACAUGCAGUCAACAUGUACGAUCUCAGUGUCCAUAUGUACAGAACUCUUGAGCCCUCUGGUUCCAAAAAAAAAUUUAUCGCCAUCUUCAGACAUAUCACAUAAUCUGUUCAGGCAGUCUAUUCAUUGACUUUUACAAUGAAAGCCUAAGAUGGGAGCAGAUGGCAUUAUCUCCAGUAGACGUCACCAGAGACGUUGUGGUUUCCAGAGAAGGAGAGCAGUUACAUGAACACUUUCUCAGUGUUACUGUGGGGUUAUUUGAUCCUGUGCUGAGGCUCACUGAGACCGCCCCUCCUGGGGUGAUCAUGUGGCCUUGUGUUCCCUGUUGGUUAGAGCACCGCUCCAUUCAGACGACGGCUUUACGUGAGCAUGAGGUGGGCUCUCGAGGUUAUGCUUUUGGUUGCUGCGACUUUGAAUUACUGACAUUGAAUUUUGUCUUGGGAGGAAAACUAGACUUUGGCAUGAGGUUGGGUCAGCUUUGUCUUUUCACACAUUUUUAAUGACUGUGUUGUGGAAACCCUUUCUGUUUGUAGACAUUUGCAACACAAAGCAAAUCACCACGUGCACAUGCUUCACGAAAUGGCAGGUGACUGUAGGACUAUCAAUAAGUCAAGUUCAAAUGUCGUGAAAUAACCAUGUUUGGUAGGCUAAAUGCUUACAUGAAUUGUAACCUUUGUUUUCCAAAAUAUCUCUAAAAAGUGUAAACAUGUAGGCUUGAGGUCCUAGCGGAAAAACGCACAGUAGUGCGAGGGCAGGGAAAACCCGUUUAAAUGGCUGCCACAUCGGAGCGACGCGAGCCGUCGAGAUUCGAUUGGGUGUAGGCUUGUAAUGUGAGUUUUAUUUGUGCGUUUUAUAUUUUUAUAUCUGAAUGUGUUUGAAGGAAAAGUGUUUCUCGCCUGAUGUGUGUGAAAAGUGAAUGAGAAAAUGACUGGAGGAAGUCCUAUGCCUUUGUUUGAUAUUUGUCUAAUAAACAGGAUUUCUUACUAUAA